AAAUAAGCAUUUUAUCAAGCUCCUUAUGUUCAUUAAUUGCACAUUAAUGGCAAUGAAAAUAACCUAUUCAUAUAAAAACAUGAUAACAAACAGACACACACAUUCUUUUUUUCUUACUGUAAGCUUGUUUAAAGGCAGAUGCAGCCAAAUUUUGUUGUGAACUUGAAAAUAAAGACACAGUUAACUGUCAGAAAACAGUCAGUGUGUGUUUAAGAUUUUUUUUAAUGACACGUUAUGUGAUGUUGGAGGACUGAGAUAGACUGCUUUACUUUAACCUAGGUUUAUAAGUAGUAUAUAAGCAGAACAAUAAGACUUUUAAGGAGAGGUUUGUGAAAGCCCUCCAAGUAGUCUGAAAUUCAGGGAUUUUACGCUUCUUUUCAAUCAGAUCGGAAGUAACGAGUAACUAACUACUUGAGUAGUUUUUUCAUCUAAUACUUUUUUACUCUUACUCAAGUAAAUAAUUAGAUUGUUACUUUUACUUUUACUUGAGUACAUUUUUGUAUAAGUACUUGUACUUUUACUUGAGUACAGAUUUUGGGUACUCUACCCACCUCUGAUCCUAAGACAACUGCCUCGACUUCAGGAGGAAGGGGAUCUCUCUAUGCCUACAGUGAUUUUGAGUGCAUUUACAGGAACAGCAGCAUUCAAUAUAUCUGGUAAAACACUGCAUUCCAUUUUAAAACUGCCAAGGAACUUAAAGCCACCUUAUCAAGGACUUGGGAAUGCUCUAGAUGAACUACGAGCAGAAUUAUGCAGUGUGGAAAUUCUCAUAAUUGAUGAAGUGUCCAUGAUUUCGAAGGAUCUUUUCGCCUAUGUAAACUGGAGACUUCAACAGAUCAGAGGCAGCAAGAAAGCAUUUGGAGGAAUCUCUGUUCUCGCUGUAGGAGACUUUUUCCAACUACCACCUCUCGGUAAAGCCAAACCGCUCUGUGUGUAUGAAGAUGAUGUUCUGGACUUCUGGAAGGACAGUUUUCAAAUAAUUACCCUUACAGAGAUCAUGCGUCAAAAGGAGGACCUUGCCUUUGCUGAGCUUUUAAAUCGACUGCGAGUGAGGCAGAAGACUGAUGUUCUUAGAGAAGAAGACCGAGUUCUGUUACACCAAGCUGUAAAGAACCCAGAAGACUGCCCUCAUGAUGCUCUGCACAUAUUUGCAACCAACAAGGAAGUUCACAUGCACAAUACCAAAACAAUACAUGCUAUUCACACUGACAUCAUAACCAUUGAUGCCGAAGACUACAGGAAAGACCCAAGAACAGGAGUGAUGAAAAGACAAAAGAAACCUGUCACUGGAAAGAAGGAUGACUUGCUGGAUUCUAUACAAGUUGCAGUGGGAGCUCGUAUAAUGGUGACAAGGAAUCUGGAUGUUGAAGAUGGAAUUGUAAAUGGAUGUUUUGGUCAGAUUGUUAACAUUGUCACUAAAACAAGAGAUGGAAUCGCCACUGUACACAUGCUAGGACUUCAGCUCGACAAUCCAAAUGCAGGUCUGAAACACCGCAGAAGAGUGCAAGGUGAAGACGACAACUCUGUAUAUAUUGAGAGAUCUGAAGAAAGUCUGAGGAAAGGAACAGUUCGUCGUCAAUUCCCCAUCAAGCUCGCUUAUGCCUGCACAGCUCACAAAGUUCAAGGUAUGACAAUGCAGUCUGCUGUAGUGUCACUGAAAAAGAUUUUUGAACCGGGAAUGGCCUACGUUGCCCUCAGCCGAACGACAUCGCUUUCUGGAUUACACAUUACAGACUUCGUUGAAAAGAAGAUUUAUGCUGAUCCUGAAAUCACAGCAUCGUUGGAAAAUAUGAGAAGAGCGACAGUUGAAGGAAUCAUGCCGCUUUUGCAACACAUAAGGGAAAUCAACCAGGACCAAACACUUAAAAUAGUUCACCAUAACACGGAAGGACUGUCAUCUCACAUCGAGGAUAUCAGAUGCCAUCAUGAGCUACUAUUAUCGGAUAUUCUUUGCAUAACGGAAAGUCACUUGUCUGGCUCAUGUAUUCCACAACAUCUCCAGUUGGAAGGAUACAAGAUGUUUGCACGGAAUAGGCAUGCCUCCUACUCAACCAAUGCAGAAAUGGCAAAGAAAGACGGUGGUGGAGUUGCAAUAUUUUGCAAAGAAGAUAUUCAAGCUCAGUCCAGACAGUACAUCCAAAGUGUCACAGACCUGGAGUUUGUUGUCAUCAAAAUUGACACCCCAAUGUGUGCAACAAUUGCUGCAGUGUACAGGCCACCACACUACAGUCUUGAAACAUUCUUGCCAAAUUUAAGGGGCCUACUGGAUUAUCUGGACAUGAUGGAUAAACAUCCUGUAAUCAUCUGUGGAGACUUUAAUGAGGACCUUUUAUGUGCUGGAAGAAAGGCUAUACUGGAGAUGUUUCAAUCAAAGGAAUAUACACAGCUAAUCACAUCAGCUACAACUGAAAAACACACACUACUGGAUCACAUUUACAUCUCACAUCCAGACUUGUGUCUCCAGUCAGGUGUGUUACAGAGUUAUUACAGUUACCAUAAUCCUGUGUACUGUAUUUUGCAAAAAUGACAUUCUGUGGUUGGCGGAUAUUGUUGUGUUUUUUGCCAUACGGAAUCGUGGGCACCGACUACGCAUUAACUUUCUUCAAGCUAUGUGGUGCUGGACGUGCAAUCGGAGGAGCUGGAGACGCAGCGCUGGUUGGGUUUCUGGUGCUAUUAUGGAUGGAGAAGGUACCAGCAAAUGUCGGUUAGCAUGCAUCAACUUUCUUUAGGCUGUGUCGUGCUGGAGGUGUAAUCGGAGGAGCUGGAGACGCAGCGCUGGUUGGAUUUUUGGUGCUAUCAUGGCUGCGGAAGGUAAGAAGCAUGCUUCGGGUCUUGGAUGGCCUCAGCCAACGGUUUGGCGUGUAUGGUUAUACCAGUGGGACUUUGAUGGCCUUAGCCAAUGGGUAGGUGGUUAUGGUUGUGGUGUUUCGACAAAUGGAACGAUGGGCAGUAGGCAUUAACAGUGGCAAUAGGGCUCUGACAGCCUUAGCCAAUUGGUUGACUUGAAUGGUUGUGCACUAAUGGUUGUGUUGUUAUGCCAUACGAACCCGGGGGCCACUGAACCUGCAUUAACGACGACAGUGGGGGCUCAUUGACAGCCUUAGCCAACGGGUUGGUGCGUAUGGUCGUGUUGUUUUGUUGUCUUGCGUUGUGUUGUCAUGCCAUACGAAACCGGGGGCCACUGAACCUGCAUUAACGACGACAGUGGGGGCUCACUGACAGCCUUAGCCAACGGGUUGGUGCGUAUGGUCGGUUGUUUUGUUUUCUUGCGUUGUAUUGUCAUGCCAUACAAAACCGGAGGCCACUGAACCUGCAUUAACGACGACAGUGGGGGCUCACUGACAGCCUUAGCCAACGGGUUGGUGCGUAUGGUCGUGUUGUUUUGUUGUCUUGCGUUGUGUUGUCAUGCCAUACAAAACCGGGGGCCACUGAACCUGCAUUAACGACGACAGUGGGGGCUCACUGACAGCCUUAGCCAACGGGUUGGUGCGUAUGGUUGUGUUGCAAUGAGAUUGUGGCAUCUAUGGUCAUUUAACAGUGUUAUGACAGUGAGCUACAAAGCAGGUACAGCAGCAGGAAGGAUGAAGGAGUAAUGUGGCAGCUCGAGGGAGGACACUAGGAAGUAAAGGCGGCAGCAGCAGCAGCAGCAUACAGGAUGCAGUGAGGAUUAGUGUGGCAACUCCAGGGAGGACACAGACAGUGAGAGCAACAGCGGCAUUGCAGGAAGAAUUUUGAGACGAUAGCAGUCCUAUCCAACAAUGGAUAUGAGUGUGCAAUAUACCAUCUAAAGCUAAGUGCUUUAAGAACUUUCUUCAGUCACUGUACUACUGCACAUCGUAACUACUUUUGGAGGAAUAUUUUAAGCUAAUUCUGAUUUUGAUGUUUUUCAGGAAGCGCCAGGUCAGAAUGUCUGAGAAGAUCAAGUGUGCUACAACACCGAUAAUGACAAGCUGGGUACAUUGGAAAGCUGGAUUUCUUUAAAUAAUGUGACCAAACCCAUUUGGCAUUUAGGACAAUACUGAAGACUAAAGAACCAAAUGAAGAACCACAUUGAAGCAGUAGAGGGUGUCCAGCCUGUAUGCAAUGUCAGAUCCAGCGGAGAGAUGUCGGGAGCUGCUUCACUACACCGCUCAUUGCAUUAAUUAAUUUCAUUUUAUUUAAAAUUUAGUUUUAUCAUAUUAAAUAAUUGGUUUCUAUAUAUAGAUAUUAAAAUAUAAAAUAUUAGUUUAAUAUAAUAACUGGUUUCAAUAUAUAGAUAUAGAUAUUAAAAUAUAAAAUAUUAGUUUAAUAUAAUCAUUGGUUUCAAUAUAUAGAUAUAUAUAAUACUUGGUUUCAAUAUAUAGAUAUAGAUAUUAAAAUCUAAAAUGUUAGUUUAAUAUAAUAAUUGGUUUCAAUAUAUAGAUAUAAAUAUAUAGAUAUUAAAAUCUAAAAUAUGAGUUUAAUAUAAUAAUUGGUUUCAAUAUAUAGAUAUUAAAAUCUAAAAUAUUAGUUUAAUAUAAUAAUUAGUAUCAAUAUAUAGAUAUAGAUUUUAAAAUAUAAAAUAUUAGUUUAAUAUAAUCAUUGGUUUAUAUAUAUAUAUAUAUAUAUAUAUAUAUAUAUAUAUAUAUAUAUAUAUAUAUAUAUAUAUAUAUAUAUAUAUAUAUAUAUAGCAAAAUAUAAAUAUUAGUUAAAAUAGGAAUGUUAUUAAUAAUGUGUACGCCAUGCCAGAAGAGGAUGGGCAGCCCCCUGCUGAGUCUGGUUCCUCUCAAGGUUUUUUUUAUCUCCUCUCAAGGUUUUUUUCUUGCCACUGUCGCCACAGGCUUGCUCACUGGGGGUGUUGUGCCAAAUCCUGUGUCCCUCUCAUGUCUUUGUCAACUAGGGUUUUCAAAACAACAGUUUGCAAGUCAAUAAAAAUAUUUAUUUAUUAAUUGAAAUUAUAAAAAUAUAAAUAACCAGGGUCCCACAAUUAAUUAGAAAUAAAAAUGUAAUCAUAAUAAAAGCCCCUCUGGUUUUCUGAAAUCACAGGACUUAUUACUCUUAUAAAUACCUGCGUUGUAAUAAACCAAAUCGUGGACAGCAAUAGAGUUUUUAAAAUAGUUUUGAAAAAAACAUGCAGAAGGUUAACAAUAAUCCCAACAACUUUUUACCGGUAUUAUCCCAAAAUAAAACUUGUGUUAGAAAUUUUGGAAGUGAAAAAAAUUUUAUGUUUUGAAAAAAGAAUUUAAAGCAAAAAUUAUUGUGUUAAACAAGUUAACAAAUAAGGUGGUUACUACACAUAUAGGUAUAUAAUUUUUCUCCUAGUAUAUUGUAUUAUUUCAACAGUAAAGUAUUAGAAAUUUAAACAAGUUAACAAAGUUAGUUACCACACAUAUAUAGGUAUAUCAUUUUCUACUAGUAAAAGUAUAUUGUUGCAACUGUAAAGUAAUUGUUCCUUUUUAACAUUUAGUAAAAAAUUGUAAAAUGUAUAUUUAAAUUAAAAAAAUUAUAUUUAAAUGUGAGCUAUUACAACAUUUUAGGAUCUAGCUGUGCAUAUGGGUGGGAUUUGGCACAACAGGCGUUUUCUAAAUCUUUUAAUAAAUUUGUUGAAUUGGCACAUCAAGUGUUUUUGUCUUUAUUGAAACCUCUUCAAUGGCACAUUAAAAAUGUGUUCUUGUGAACUUCACAGAAGUUCCAGCGGGUACUCCAGAAAGCAAGGUUAACUUACCCUCACAUAUAUGUAUUUGUAUUUGCAUAUUUUUCAUAAAUUUUAAUGGCAGGAACUAAUGAUUGCAAAAAAAAUUAGUACAUGAGUUUAAUUUAUUGACAAAGAACUGCUGUUAAAAGCAUCAGAUCUACUGUAGUAUGUUUAUUAAGCUCACGACUCUUUACGGCAGUUAAUACAAAAAUUUGCCACAAAAACCUGCAUUCCCGUAUGGGCUGUGGGUAGCAUGCAAAAGAGGUUCAUUCGAAGUGGCCAGUGUAUAGUAUGUUUUAGUUUAUAGUUGUUUAUAGUAAGUUGGUGAUUGUAUAUCAACAGUAGGAACAUGUUUGUGGGCAUUUUAUGUUGUGAUUUCACCGAAACAAAUGAGAGUGCUCAAGUGGCGUGUGUUAUUGCUCAGCAACCACGAGCUGCGCUCUCCUUUUCGGAGCAGAAACUUCAAGAAAGGAAGACCCUGCAUGAUUUCAGAAAUACAUUCCUGCACCGGAUGACCAACUGGAGAUAGGCUGGCUUUUCUAAUAUAUUCAUUCGGGCCAAAAGAUGUUUUAAAAAAAGUGGCGGGGACGAAAUCGAACUUCCUAAAAAGUAAAUCCAAUCAUUUAUUUUGUACAACUGUUCAAGUGAUCUUCUUUACAAUAUAGUCAGUAUUUGCACUAUUUUACAAUAAAAUAGUUGUUCAUUUUAUCAUCAUUGCAUGUUUAUCUAUUUUUUUUAUGUUACUUUUGCAAAUGUAUUUAAAGAUUAAAAUAUGGAAAAAGUCAGUUUAGGAGGCAAUUAUCCUUUAUUGAAAAAGGUGCAGUGGAGAGGUGAGUUAAGUGGAAAGUUGGUAAUGCAUCUUUUUUGGUGGGUUUAUUAUAAACAAGACCGAAAUACAACGUGACUCUUAUUUUGAAAUUAGUCUGCUAAUUUGAUUUCAGAUUAAGGAGAUAAAAGUAACUCUUAUAACAGUAUAAAAUAUAUUACCAUAAAAACACUGAAAAGUAAAGAUUGUUAUGAAUUAUAAACAUAAGUUCAUAGGCAAUCUCUUGGCAUAAAUGUGCGAUAUUCAUUGUUUCAUCUGUAAAUAUAAAUUAGUGGGGUCCCCUGUUUUUAUUAAAAAUAAAAUGCUACAUGAAUUUAUAAUUCUCAUGCCACAAGGCUGACUAUUAUUUGUCCCAAUUUUGCAAUAAACAAAUCAAAAAGAUUUCUGUCUGAAAUAAAUAUAAACUCUCAAGUUGCAUUCUAGAGGAAUUGACAGACGAGUCAAUGUCUCUGCGUGGAUUAUUUUCCCAUCAUUGACAGUAAGAAUCUUAAGGGUUAGGGGUUUUUUAAAAUGAUUCUCAAAAAUUAUUUCACACCAGUGGCGACACUACACUCAGAUUGAUGGUGGGUCCAACCAGUCAGAAGCGACACUUAUUGAGAAAGCAGAAGAAAUCACCCAUAAAUUAUAAUAUUUUUAAUACUAUUCGUUUAAAUAUGCAUCAUUCAGAAAAAAACAACUAUAGAAAGUUUAUUAUUUCCAUGUGUGUCUAAACCUUGCAAAUGACAUGGGGGCUGGAUCGUUUUACUUUUGGCUUGGAGUAUAAUCAUAUAUGGUCCCCAGAAUUUUGCCACGGCAAGCACCACUUCACAUUUUCUUCAGGAAAUGUACCUAUCUAGUAUCUUAUUAUUCUUAUGUCUGCACGUUUUUUCGGCGCGUAACUCGUCCCGCGCGGUUUGUCGUAGACACACGAAAGAGGGCUCAAAUUGACCGGUUUAUUUAAGAGAGGUGUGCUAUGACUUUUAUAAGCGAUCGGGUGCAGGAUUUCCGAAAGGGGGGCGAAAAACCACCCGAAAAAUCCCAUUGACUUAACAUUGCGCCAAACUUUGACGGGUCAUAGCUCCGCUCAGGGAUUAUGUAGAAACAUGUGGUUUACAUUAUUUGAAGAGGGUGGUAGGCUCUGUAAGAACAUACAUCACAUUGGGGUGUAAGCUGUACCCCUGGGGUGUAAGAGGCACCCAAAAGUGCCCCAUUGACUUAUAAUGGGGCAGGAAACAUGCCCAUAUAAGGAAAUAAAAAAGUUCCAGCUGGGAUAUCUUUGCUGUACAAUGUCCUAGAGACAAGUGGGUGGGCUCAUUUCACUCGGGCAUCUAAUCAGUCUUUCAGGAUCAUCUCAGAGCUAUUAAGCCACGCCCCUAGCAACAAUUUUGGGCACCCUAGCAACAUCUCCCAUAGACUGCCAUUAUAAAAUGUCCAGAUGGAUAUCUUUGCAGCACAGUGUCAUAGAGCCUUGGGGGUGGGCUCAUUUUACCCAGACAUCCAAUCAGUCUCUCAGGAUCCUUAUUGAGGUAUUAAGCCACGCCCCUAGCAACCACUUUUGAGCACCCUAGCAACAUAACAUUGAAACAGUUAUAUCUCGGCAUCAGAACAUCGUAGAGACACGGGGGUUGGACCGUUUUACUUGUGACUCGGAAUGUAAUCACUGGCCACAUCAUUGGCCACUCCCAAGCCACGCCCCUAGCAACCAAAUAUGAGCACCCUAGCAACCCAAUAAACAAAGC